UUCUGAUAAACAGGAAGCAGCACUGUUGUCAUGAACAGGAAGCAGCGCUGGUCGGUGAAUCUGCUGGAAGCUGAUGGAAACCUGUUCACUUAGCUGUUAGCAGUGUUUAGAACAGACAGAAACUACUCCACCUGUGUCUUAAAGACUGUCUUCAUACUUCAAAGAGAAAGGUUCAUUCAGGACGAGAUGUCCGGCGGUUCUGGAGCUGAAGACAUGUUUGACAGUAUCGUGAUGGCUGAUGAAAGGUUCCGCGGGGAGGGGUACCGCGAGGGCUUCGAGAGAGGGAGCCGCAGAGGGCUGCUGGACGGCCAAAGGCACGGAGCCUCUCAUGGGGCCAAACUGUCUACUGAGAUCUCCUUCUAUCACGGGUUUGCUGUCACAUGGAAAUGUCUGCUCCAGCAUAAUACAGAUGUGAAAUCCAGGAAGCGUCUGAAGGCUCUGGAUGCUCUGCUGGGUCAGAUCCAGGACUCCCCUCAUGCUGAGCCUCAGUCUACGCAGCUGCAAAUAGACGUGGACAAACUGCGAGCCAAGUUCAGACAGGUGUGCUCCAUGCUGAACAUCCCUGCUGACUUCAAGGACUUCGUCAAAACGUCUGAAGGGACUUCUUUCUGAAUCUAUCCAGUGAUGAGGAUGAGGAUGUUGAAGAGGAGCUGAGCUGACCUCUGCGUCCUGCUGUCCUGCUGUCCUGCAGGCGGCAGAUAGGGCUCGGUCUGUGGUGGAUUUGUUGGCGGGCUUGAUGAAUGAAGGAUCAGUCUGAGAAGCUGAAUGAAGGGCCGCAACCUGGACCGCAGAAUACUCCACACACCAGGAGGAGGAGGAGGAGGAGGAGGAGGAGGGGGAGAGAGGAUUCAUGCUGAGAGGAUGGAUUUAUUGCAGUGAGUCAGGGUUUUCAUGAAACUGACCUGUGGGUAUAGAGAGGAAUAAAGACAACAAUUGUUUCUUCUUCUAAGGACAAAAACAGAACAACCUCAGCUAAAGUCACUGACCAUAAAGUCUGGAGUAUGAGGCUCACUUUAUUACUUCCUUUGUCAUCUAAAAAGUGAGCUGCAUCCUAUACACCAAUGUUGCCAGCACACCAGUAUAAAAUGCAGAGAGGUUUUUUUUUUGGUGUUAUGGUGUUUUACUGAGAGGAUUGCAGAGCAGCAAGUGAACGCUACACUGCACAAAGCAUGCUGGGAUGCAUGGGGAUGGAGACCAGGCUGGCAACACUGCUCUCUCUCAUUAGGUCAUAUCCAUGCAUACAGAGAAACAGUGGUGUACUAUGUAGUAAAUGAAGCUUGUGGCAUGCAGCUUUGGUUGAAGAGACUCCUCAGUUUAAGACCACAAGUGUUAACUGGCAAGGGUCUUAGGCAAGUCUCUGCAAAAUGGUCUCAGAGACCCCCAAAAACAGACUUUCUUAUUUACCUGUGGAACAUAUCUCUGAUUUUACAGUUAAUAAAAUCGUUCAACUUGA